AUGUUAUCUUAUUUUUUUGGGGGAUCAAAUGGCUCCAGCGCUAAGAGUAAAGACCUGCCCAAGAAGGCCAUAGUGGAAUUAAGAGAGCAGAUAAAUCUGCUCUCGAAGAAGCAGAGUCAUUUGCAGACACAGAUAGUGAAUCAGGAGAAUGAGGCACGCACAUUUCUCAGCAAAAACAACAAGAAUAUGGCCAAAAACUCUUUGAAGAAGAAAAAAAUAUAUGAAGCGCAAUCGGCCAAGCUGGAUGGACAAAUAGAUUUGCUGGAACAGCAACUGUUCUCGAUCGAAAGUGCUAAUUUGAACCUCGAAACCAUGAGGGCGAUGAAACAAGGUGCAAAAGCCAUGAAAACCAUGCAUAACGGGCUGGAUAUAGAUAAGGUGGACGAGACGAUGGAUGAGAUCAGAGAACAGGUUGAGCUGGGUGAAGAGAUCAGCGACGCGAUAUCCAGACCGAUGUAUACUGGUGUCAAUGAAGUGGAUGAGGAUGAGCUAGACGAAGAGCUUGAUAUGUUAGCACAAGAGUCCGUGCCUGUAAAGGAAACAAAAGCUACAGAACAGAUGAACCUACCCAAUGUUCCUGAUGAUAAAAUAAAAUCGACAAGUCGUGAGGAGCUAAGCAAGGAAGCUGAGGAUGAGGAGGAUGAAGAUGAACGUGCAUUAAGAGAAUUACAAAUGGAAAUGGGUCUGCAAUAA